UCCUCCAGCCUCAGAAGAGGAGCCGCCAUUAAUGCGAGCAUAUGCCGUAGAAACCCGCAGUAGCAGAAUGAAGCGUGUUCAUCCUCUAGUUUUGCCAGAAUUGCAACCCUUGGACGUGACUCCGGAGGAUUUCGCUCGUCUUCAAGAAGAGUGUCCGUCUCUUGGAAAUCUUAGGAACAAAGUUAACACAGGUGAAGAGGAGCGGAGAAAGGACGGCUCUACUUUUGUUACCUUCGCUGUACCGGACUUCUCUACCGGAAGUGUUUGACCUCGAAACAUCCAGCAAAGGUUGGUAAGCUCACUCUUCUUGUUCCUAAGGAUUGUCGACCAAUAAUCCUGUCUGUUGGGCAUGAAAACCCCUUUAGCAGAUCAUUUCUCUCACAGAACGACUUUCUUGAAGGUAUCCAGCCACUUCUGGCCUGGGAUGGGCGCGGAUAUUAGUGACUUCUGUCGAUCCUGUGACGUCUGUCAACGAAUGUCUGCCAAAGGAAAAGUCCGACCAGCACCUCUCCAUCCUCUUCCAAUUAUAACAGAACCUUUUUCCAGAGUGGCGGUCGAUUUGGUUGGACCACUGUCUUCCCCAUCCUCAGAAGGCCACAGGUACAUCCUCGACUACGCCACUGGGUUCCCAGAAGCUUGCCACUGAUGGAAAUAGACUCCAUCUCCGUUGCUGAGGCCUUGCUCUCCAUCUUCGCUAGAGUCGGUAUACCACGAGAAAUUCUCACUGAUCAAGAUCUAUGGGAGGACCGAAACCUGAAGGACGACGACCAAUCCGCUUUCCGCUACGUGGUAGAGCUACAGGAGAAGCUAGCAGAGACCGCGCAGAUCGCCGCCAACAAUGCAGACAUAAGUGCCUCGAAAUAUAAGACCUACUUUGACAUCAAGAGUCAAGAUAGACAGUUUCAACCUGGCGAUGAAGUCCUCCUUCUUCCCAGCGAUUCCAGCAAGCUUCUUGUAACUUGGAAAGGACCUUAUACAGUUUUAGAGCGACGAGGUAAGGUUGAUUACCUAAUCGAUUGAUCCCAAGGUCCGAGAUUGUACCACGUCAACCUCUUAAAACGUUACAUCCGUCGUGCUAGUGCCAGCUUUGCCGAAGUCUUAGACGAAAUGUCAACACCUGAAGAGACCGAA